UCUAUAGCACGCUAAGCAAACAUGUUUGGUUUUCAGAGGAAGAUGGAGGAAUUGAAUGAUCAGUUAACCAAGAAGAAAGCUCAAAUUGCUCAUAUGAUGGAAAAGACAUCAGAAGUGAGGAGGAUGACAGACGAGUUGAAGCAGAGUCUUUCUUUGGCUACAAAGGAAAAACUUGAGCUGGAAGAGGAGCAUGGUCGUAAAUUUAAUUACAUUCAAAAGAUGGAAAAACGGGUCAAGAUUUUUGAACAACAAAUACGUGAUAUGGAUGAGCAGAAUAUUAGAAAUACACAGGCGGAAGAACUUGAUAUGGAGGUGAAACUGAAGGAGUUCCAAGCUGAGAUUGACAGUGCCAAUGUUGUAUUUCAAAGGUUGAGGAAUGAAGAAGAUACCUUAAUAGAUCAAAUUAAUCAAGCGAAGGAUGAGAUAAACAAAAUUGUUCAUGAGAUUGAAGAGUAUGACAAGAGGGAUCGUGACAUCCGCUCUCGCAUUCGUGAGUUUCAACUUCAUCAAAGCAACAAGGUUACGGCCUUUGGAGGAGGUAGAGUGAUGGGCCUCUUGGAGGUAAUUGAAAGACAACAUAGAAAGUUCAACAGGGCACCGAUUGGUCCAAUAGGUGCUCAUGUGACCUUGGUUGAUGGUGACAAGUGGGGUACUGCUAUUGAAUGUGCCGUCGGCAAGGUGCUUAAUGCUUUUAUUGUAACUGAUCAUAAAGAUUCCCUUUUAUUAAGAGCAUGCGCAAGGGAAGCGAACUACAAACACUUACAGAUUGUCAUUUAUGAGUUCUCUAGACCAAGGUUGCAUAUUCCCGAUCAUAUGCUUCCCCAGACUCAUCAUCCAACGGCAAUUUCUGUUCUACGUUCUGACAAUCCUACCGUACUAAAUGUCUUGAUUGAUGUGGGUAAUGCUGAGAGGCAAGUUCUAGUUAAAGACUAUGAUGCUGGAAAAACAGUUGCUUUUGAUCAACGGAUUUCAAAUUUAAAAGAAGUUUACACUUCUGAUGGGUACAAAAUGUUUUCUCGGGGUUCUGUCCAAACUAUUCUUCCACCAAUGAAGAAUACGAGAGGUGGGCGUCUUUCUGGUUCUUAUGAUAAUAAAAUUAAAACUCUAGAAAACGAAGCAUUUGAGGCACAAAACAAAGCUCGACAAAGCAAGGGUAUGAAGAGGAGUAUCGAUGAGGAGCUUCAAGGACUCCAUGAUAAUCUGCAAAACGCUAAGAAGAGGCGCCAGGAUGCAGAGCGAGUUUUGAGGUCCAAGGAGUUUGGCUUGCGAGAUUUUAAAAAGUCAUAUGUUGCAGAAUCUAGCUCCACCGCUGUAUCAACAGUAGAUGAGCUUCAUGUGGAGCUAUCGAAAAUCCGUGAUGAGAUACAUGAAAGAGGAAAUUCAUUGGAAAAGCUUCAACUGAGGUUGAAAGAAGCAGACAACAAAGCUAAUGAUGUCAAAAUAUCCUUUGAAAAUUUGUGUGAAUCAGCAAAAGUGGAAAUUGGUGCAUUGGAGGAAGCAGAACGUGAGCUAAUGAUGAUUGAUAAAGAUCUAAAAGAUGCAGAAUUGAAGAAGAAUCACUAUGAAGGUGUAAUGAGUACGAAAGUUCUUUCCCAACUCAAUGGAGCAGAAGCAGAGUAUCAGGAACUUGAGCAAAACCGUAGGGAGAGCUACAAAAAAGCUUCAAUCAUCUGUCCUGAAAGUGAAAUUGAGACUGUAGGUGGCUGUGAUGGAAGCACUCCGGAGCAAUUAAGUGCCCAUUUAACUAGGCUAAGUCAAAGACUUCAGCAAGAGAGUCGGAGACAUCCAGAGUCCAUUGAGGAUCUCCGCAUGUUGUACAACAAAAAAGAACGCAAAAUUUUAAGAAAGCAGCAAACCUACAAAGCAUUUCGUGAGAAAUUAGGUGCAUGCCAUAAAGCCCUCGAGCUACGAUGGAGCAAAUUCCAGAGAAAUGCUACUCUUUUGAAGCGCCAGUUAACAUGGCAAUUUAACGGCCAUUUGGGUAAGAAAGGAAUCAGUGGGCACAUCAAGGUUUGUUAUGAAGAGAAGACUCUUUCAAUAGAGGUAAAAAUGCCUCAAGAUGCAUCAAGCAGCAGUGUUCGUGACACACGAGGACUUUCAGGGGGAGAACGCUCUUUUUCAACUUUGUGCUUUGCACUUGCUCUUCAUGAGAUGACUGAAGCUCCAUUUAGAGCAAUGGAUGAAUUUGAUGUAUUUAUGGAUGCAGUUAGCAGAAAAAUCAGCCUAGACGCUGUCGUGGAUUUUGCAUUGGCACAAGGAUCACAGUGGAUAUUUAUUACCCCUCAUGACAUCAGUAUGGUGAAGCAGGAUGAGAGAGUAAAGAAGCAGCAAAUGGCGGCUCCUCGUUCCUGAUUUGCUUUUGUAUUUUCUUUUUGUGAGAUAUGGUUAUUUUUGGGGUUUUCAGGUUGGUAUGAUUAUGAAAGAGGUUUUUGGUAGGGGUGUACAUGGCGGGUUUGUUUGGGUUUUUCAAAUAACAAGUCAAAUUAUUUGAUUUUUAAA